UGAUAAGACCUUUGAAAAUUGGAAUUAUUUAUUUUAGAACGUCUCAUGUAACAAAUUUUACUAUCAGUUUGUAGUUGUGUUGUAGAUGUUUUAACAUUGCUAUUAAUAUGGCGGAGAAGGAAGGACAGUCAGGUGAUAAGGGAAACAACAACAAUGACCAGACAAGCCAGAUAUCCGAUCAAGAGCGAGAUCUAGCACAGACUGCACUAGCUGAAUUCAACAAAGGCAAUUAUAACGCCUGCCUCCAGAAUCUGAGUAAACUGGAAUCGUGCCGGCCAAAUGAUGUUAAAGUAGUACACAACAGAGCCGUGGCUGAAUACUACAGAAGUGAACUAAAGAAGACUGAUCUCUUCAGAAAGAACUUGAACCAAGUGUGUCAGCAGGCACAUGUGAAUACUGAUGAUCUAGACAGCCUAGAAGAUGUAGAACAUUGUGUUCUGUACUACAACCAAGCUGUUAUACUCUACCACCUCCAACAGCACCAUGCAGCUCUUAGAAUUAUGAACAAGGUGUUUGUGUUCAUUGAACCUAUGGAGGAAGGGCUGGCACACCGUGUGUGUCUGUUGCUGAUAGAGCUACACCUCAGCACCCAGCAGCCAGAGAAAGCUCUGUCACUGAUAGCUUACAUUGAGAACCAGUUUGUAUCCACAGACAAUGCCACCAAGAUGAUUGGAGACAAGGAACUCAAGAAUCUGGAAAAGGAACACCAGGAGAGGGCGCCAGUAACAUUGGAUGCAGCAACCGAUGCCUUCAGAUUGAAGCUUCUUCAGUAUAGAGCCCGUUGCUACCUCAGCACUUGUGCACUCAAGGCCUGCAAGCGGGAAAUAAAGAGUAUCAUUACGUCUGCAAACCCUGUUACUUCGAAUCUAGCCCCAGUCUUUCUUAAAGGCAACUUGGAGUAUCUGAGAGGAAAUUACAAGAAGUCAAUCAAAGUGCUUACUUCCAUACCUCUGAACAACUCCCUCAACAUAUUCAAAGAAUCAGGAGAAUCACCAUCUGUACUGUUUUAUAACAAUAUGGGUUGCCUGCACCAUUACAUGGCCAAACCAAACCUGGCUGCUUUCUAUCUGCAGAAGGCUCUUCAGGAGAACGGAGUAGCUCUCAACGCCUUCCCGAAGCCAGAACAGGGCGAGAUGCUGUCAGGGAGACCACUGUUCUGUGUGGGUGGCAGCAAGGCACCAAGCCUCAUGUAUAACCUGGGUGUAGCUCUGCUGCAUGGAGGCAAGCCUACACAAGCCUUCGACUGUCUCAUUGAGGCGGUGCAGGUCUACCACACAAACCCUCGGUUAUGGCUACGACUUGCCGAGUGUUGCAUUAUGGCUCACAAACAGAGCAAUGCAGGUAGCUUUGACUUUAGCGCUCGAAGGAAAGAUCUUAUUCAAGGAGUGAUUGCAGGAGGUGUUCACAGGAAAAUCAUUUUAAAUCCUAACAUCUGGAAAGAUUCUAAAUACAGUUGUGAGGCGCAGUCGUAUGCCAUCCCAAUGGUCAGCCUGGAGUUCAGCUCACUGUGCUUGAGGAAUGCUUUGCUUCUGCUCCCGACCACAGGAGGUGAGGGAGGUCCACCCGUCAUGGCUCCUCCCUCUCCCCCAGUGGACCCGCGCCAGGUGCCCUACCUGCGUGCCUGUGUGCUAGCUGCGAGUGCCUACGUCGCGCUGUGUCUCGGCGACCCGGUCAUCGCAUUGGAACAUGCCAAAGCUCUGCUGGUACAAACCAACCUCUCUGGAGUGCACAAGUUACUGGGGCGACUGUAUGCAGGUGAGGCUUACGUGCUGCUGGAUCGUGUGGGGCAAGCUGUGGAAAUGUUGAGUCCAGAGUCAGUAGCAGACAUUGUUGACCCUUGCAUUCGCCCGCUGCGUCCCUGGUUCCCCCAAUCGACUAAUACAGCCCGAGCAGUCCUGCAGUAUAACCUGGCUGUGGCACUGGCACUGCGUGGUGAACUCGAUAAGGCUGGUGAUAUGCUCAAACAGGUGUGGAAAUCAAAAAGCCCAACAUGUGAUGUCCCAAUACAUGUCAUAGCCCUGGCCCUGUACAUAGAACUGCUUCUGGGUCAUACAGACAUCGCAAGGAACAUUAUCAAACAGAAUUGUCCACAACUUCAGCGAUGAAUUUAUACUAGCUCGUCCCACAUCUGUGAUAUUUUCAAGACUUAUCAGCACAAACCUUUAUCUCUAAGCUGAACAAUUCUUUUAUGGGAGUCUAGAAAGAGAUUCAUCAAAUUCAAUUUAAGUUGAUUCAAAGAAAUUGUCUAGAUACAGUUAUUUCUUCAUUUAGUUUUAGUUAAAAACCUGAUCAUUCUUGAUUCAUCAUUGUGUUAUAUGUAUUAUUUAAAUAUAUUUUAGAUGUUCUGUUGGGCCUUGAGUGCUGGGUGUUUAAGUAACUUUGUUUUGUUGUACUAUGCUAAAGUGCUGGCUGCUUUUAAAUAGGUGUAUUCAAAAAUGUUGCUAUUUUUAGUGUUUUGUAAUGCUUUUAUUUAAUUAGUUAUAGUGAAGAAAGUUUUUUUACUAGACAAUUAAUCACACAUGUACUAUAAAAAUAACAUUUGAUUUAAUAUUGACAUAUUUCAAGUCAAAACCUUGUUUAUAAACGUAAAAUACUAUUUAAUUAAUUUUAAAUGAUAAAGUUCUAGAUUUAUAUAUUUAUAAACAUUUUAAUUUAAAAUUAGUCUUUUACAUUUAAAAAAUUAUUUUUACUAUAGCAGAAUUCACAAGAAUGGUAACAUAAAUGCAAAGAAGAGAAAAUGAAUAUUAUUAAUAAUUCCCUAAAAUAAUAUAAUAGUUUAAUCUAUAUAAAUUAACUGCCAAAAACGUUUAUUUACAGAUGAACUAACUUAAAGUACCUCAACAAUAAAUUACCAAAUUUCAAGGCAGAGUUAAUAUAUACACUUUAAAGAAUUUCCUACAAUUAAUUGCCAUUCACUUUGUUUCAGUUACUGUUGACAUUUGAUAAACAAUUAACAUUAGAAUUGCUGUUUGUCUUUCAGAUAGAAAUCUCAAUUAUUUAAAUUGAAUCACAGAAGUCAGGUGCAGUCAUAUUGAUUUUUCUAUCAGUUACUCUAUUAAUGUUUUAUUUACUCUAGGUGUCUCAAAGGUAAUGUUUGCAAUAUGUUUACAAAUACGUAUUUCAUCUUAUUUGAACUAAUUUUACUUUAACUAUUUGUACCUUUUAAACUCAUUGUGUAUUAAUUUUGGUAAUGAAUAAUUUAAUAUACUUUAAUUUACAAGGUGACGUUGCUUUAACUAACAUAGAUGUAACAUACAACUAUCUAAAAAAAAUUAACAAAUAUUUAAAUAUGUUAGUUGUAUUGGAUUCAUAUUUUUUACUAAAAUAAUAUAAAAAAUAUUAUAAAAUGUAGGAAAUCAAACAUGGAUCACGAAAUAAAAUCUAAAAAAAAGCAUAUACUGUAUUAGUUUAAAAAAUUAUCAGAUUUUUGAGUGGGGCACUCAGGACAACAAUUUUUAGUCUCAAAUUAAUAAAACUAUUUUAAAGCUAAAUAUUAAUGUAAAACAAUUAAAGAGUUCUGUCAUUAAAUUCAUAUUUUUAAUAACAUCCUUCAAGGAAUAUUAACUCUUAAACUUGAAUUUUUCGUCACAUAAAAUUGUUAAUAUCUCACUGAAAUGACUUCAGAUGUUACCAAAGUUUGAUGAUGAUGUGAUGUCUGAGUUUAGUCAAAUGAAUGGACAUGUUUGUUAGAGUUUUAAUCACUUCAUAUAGUCUCACUGAACCAUCAAAUUCAGCUGCGAUUUAGAUCAAGCUACCCUUAAAAAUAUUUCUCCAUACUUUUGUUGUGAUGGUGGUGCACCUUACCUUGGUGGUAGUACCACCAAUUCCUAACUCAUUUGUCUACAGAAUCUAAAGAGUUCAUGGUCUCCACAUGUGAAGCUGGGUUACAAAAAGUACUGCUAUCAGAGCCCUUUUAAAAAUUUUCAAUAAAAACUCAACUCACGAGUUACCUGUGAACUCUACAAGGGUUUCAGAUUAAUUUCACAGUGUUGUCAUCAGUAGAGCAUCUUGUGUUUAUUGACAGGGCUGGAAAAGUGAAAAUAAUAUUUCAAAAGUGUUGAGCUUUGAUCCCUUAUCUCCAGCAUUUCAUUACAAAAAAUCAACUCUCCUGGCAUGAUACCUUUGAACAGCAGAUGGACAACUUGAACCCUACAGGGAUGAAGUAUAGAUCUUGAUGCAAAUCCUGUGCAAAAGUUAAUAAAAGUUUUCAGUUCCAGAGCUUGCUUCCUUGCAGACUUUGAAUAAUAGCAAUUCUAUACCAUAUUAAGUCAUGGGCACUGUUGUAACUGCUCCCAAUACUUUUUGCUUCAGUGAGGCUGUAUUUCUUAAUAUUCUCAUUUUCAAUAUAAGAUAAAUAUAUUUUUUCCCAGUAUUUAAAUAAUUUUAAAUAGUCUUUGUGGUGAUCCAAUUAAAUUGUUUUUUUAGCACUAAUUAAAAAUGUGUUAUGUUUAAGGACUUACUAAGCUUUCUUAAAUAAUAUAGUCCAAAAGUAUUAUGAACACAACAGUUGUUUCAUUGUUGCAAUUAUUGUAACAAGUUGCUAGCUAAAACAAAUUGUUUGGUUCUCACUCACCUAACUUUUUUAA